AUGGCGGGACUAAAUCAGUUGCCUCGGUCACUUGCCGCCGACGGCAUGCAUGGGCGCAAACGAAAUGUGGCCAUUGCGGGGAUCGACAGUUCUCCGGGGAGUAUAGAUGACAUGGAUGACCAUGAGGCGCGCGAAGAGAAGAGACGCCAACCUGUGAAGCGCGCCUGCAACGAGUGCCGACAGCAGAAACUCCGAUGCGACGUCAUUCAAGAUCCCUGGGCCGAUUGUUCACGAUGCCGUCGGCUUAAGCUCGAUUGUAAAAUCGAGUCAAACUUCAAACGCGUGGGGAAGCGCAGUCGCAAUGCGGAGAUGGAACGAGAAAUCCUUGAGCUCAGGAAGCAGAUUGCUACGGGCCAACCCGUGCCUGGGAUGUCUCAGCAACAGCAACAACAACAGUUGACGGCUGGGCAAUUGACACCCAAGCAAGAAUCGAAUCAAGUCAGUCCUGCAGUUUAUCAAACCCCAUCCGCCAUGUCCGCAGAUCAGUAUAUGGGAUCACAAGAAGCUGUUGCGUCCCUGCUGGACUUGCGCUCGGGCUUUGAUGGCGCCAACUACAUGCGAAGCGGGGGGCAAAUCAAGCGCAUUGAGGAUAUUAUGGUGGCCCCCGAGAAGGUAGCGGAACUAUUUAAUCUCUUCUUCACAUACUAUCAUCCUUUCCUACCAUUUUUGGAUCGAAAACAGUCUCCCGAGGAUUAUUAUAAUGCCUCUUCUCUGCUUUUCUGGACAAUUGUUAGCGUUGGUGCACGACGCUACCAGGGCGACUCGAAUUUGUUGAAUUCUCUCGCUGGCCCUGUCAGCCGACUUGUUUGGAGUACUUUGGCAGACAUCCCUCAAAGCUACCAUGUUGUCAAAGCACUCGCGCUAUUGUGCUCAUGGCCGUUCCCGACAAGCAGUACCUCCACAGAUCCAACAUUCAUGCUAUGUGGGAUGAUGGUACAGGUUGCCAUGCAGCUUGGUCUACAUCGACCCUCUCACACCCAAGACUUCAGCAAGUUUCGGGUGGAGCUGAUUGAGGAGGAGUUGAGAGAUAAGGUGCGAACCUGGGCCAUUUGCAAUAUUGUUGCUCAGAGGGUAUCCACUGGAUAUGGACAACCAUCAUCCACUCUUUACGACUGGACGCUGUCUUCCAGCGAUUCGCUAGACCCAAACUUCAAACUUCCAGAUGACUUAAGGUCAAGGUUAGAGAUUGAAAAGUUUUGCGACAAAAUCACCAGAGCACUCUACACAAAUCGACGCGAUCCCGUUGGCCUAACCAGUGACCAUGAAAGGUCCACAAUGAUCUCCUUUUUGUCACGAGACUUUGAUGAACUGGAAGAACAAUUGAAAGCACACAACGACUGUAUAACCGACCUGUUCCUCCGUGCCGCCAAUCUUCACUUGCAUCUUUCCGCAUUCUUUGACGAGCCAACUACGAAGAAUUAUCGUGAAAGGGUUUUAUCUUUAUAUGUCGCGACGACAUCGUUCCUCGAAGUUGUUUUGAAUCUUGAGACCGAGGUCGGUCCAGUCCUCUCUUAUACACCGUACUACGUCUACCAAAUGAUGGUAGCCGCUGGAUGCACCCUUUUGAAGCUAUGCAAAAGCUUUUUCGCCUCUCAUAUCGAUAUGGACUACACCAAACAUCUAUUUAAUCGGACAAUUUGGGCCAUCCGUGGAGUAUCAGCUUCCAGCAACGAUCUGCCCGAACGGCUUGCGGAAGUAUUGGCUCAGAUGUGGAGAUUGGGAGGAACAAGUCAACGAUCCAACAAUAAUUCCGAUGUUGAUGACUCCCUGCGACUCAAAGUGCGCUGUCGGAUGAGCAUGUCUCUGCUUUUCGACUCCGUCUGGCGAUGGCGGGAGGAUGCACGGACCAAAGGCCGUAACAUUGAAGCGUAUCUGAAAAACCCGACAAACCCAGACUCAGCAGCCGAUUCUUCGGCCGCGUCAUCUGUCGGGCCUGUACUCACAUCUACAAACACACCCGGGAUCUCUGGAAAUGAUCCAAGUCUUGCCCCAGCACCUCUACUCUCUCAAGCGAGUCUUGGAGUCCAACCACCUGCGAACCAGGUGAAUGGUCUUCCAAGCAAUUUCAUGGAACCUAAUUAUGAGGUCUUUGAUCCAUUGAAUUGGCUGCUUGAUGGCUUGGUAGACUUGCCCUAUUCAUACUCAACAAUGGGUGGAGUGGAGCCCCAGGGCAUCGCAUAG